AUGCUCGCGAAUUUCUGUGGUGGACUUUCACAGAGGAGUGAAGAGUUAUUUUCGUUGCGAAAGUGGUUUCACGAUAGCUCGAUGGCCGUGCCAUUUUACCUUGGUUGUCACAUAAGAUCCACUUUAGCUAAAGCUUGGAGAACUAUGCAGAACAUACCUUCUUUGGACAAGUUUGAUGACAUCGCAUAG